AUAGUAGAAUAAAAAUAAAGCUUUGUGAGUAGAAUUGAGGUCUUACUUCAACAAAAUAGGUUUUUACUGAUAAGUGCCCUUGAUUUGAAUAUAAAUGUAUUAGAAUUGCAUAUUUUGAAUGGUAGGAGAAAAUUAUUUUUUAUUUUGAUGCUUGUAUUUCAAUAGACAAAAAGUUCUAAAGAUUGCAUUUCUUCAAAUGGGCUGGGUUUUUUUGAGAUCAUGCAAAAUAAGUUUCCCCAAGAGAUUUUAUGGCGGUUAUUAAAUGUAGAAUUUACCAAAAAGUCCUUUCUCUUCAUCUAAUCUAAUUGGGAAAUGCAGUUUGAUGUCUGUUAUUAACAAUUCUUACUGACAAUAAAUUACUAUAUGUGUUUUGUAUUCCAACCUUCAGAUGUUAAUUUCUCCUUAAGCUAGCUGAUAAAAUUCAUUAGUUUCUAAAAUACUAUCUUAACUUUUCCUAGCCAAACACAGCAAAAACAACCUUGAUAAUCCAGCGUUUUAUUUCCCCUCAGACUAAAUGGGUACAGAACUAUUGGUGUGACCAAUAUGCAUAUAUGUUGUAUUUAUGGGGUGCUCAGAACUGGUGCUUCCGAAAUGGAUUUCACUGGUAAAACUGCAGGAUGUGCAAGAUGAGAUUUUCCCACUUACAAAGAAACAGCAAGUUCUAUUGUCAAAAUCUGGUUCCUCGGGGGCUUUUGGUAAAAAAGCCCCUGUUUUAUUUGCUUACUACUAUCGCUGCUUCCUCUUUUGUAUUUAUAUACAUAAGGGCAUGAGUUCUCAGCUUCAUAGUCAUCACUGAAAAGAGCAAUGAUUUCUGCCUGCACACUCAGCCUUCUGUUUGCUGCUACCUUCCUGGCUGCUCCUUUAGUGAACCAAGAUAGGUGUGGCUACCCACCUAGGUUAGCUUCUGCUGAAUUAAUGGAUGCAUAUAAAGAAAAAGAUUUCUUUCCUGUUGGAUCAAUAGUGAAAUACAAAUGUCGACCAGGUUACAUGAAAAACUCAGGGAUGUAUAGUAGGUGUAAGGAAAACCAACAGUGGUCAAAAGUUCUGGAGCUCUGUAAACGAAAAACAUGUGGAUAUCCAGGAGAACCAGUGGGUGGCAGAUUGCUUGUAACAGGCGAUUUUGACUUAGGAUCCACUGCAAAUUACCAGUGUGACGAAGGGCAUAGGCUGAUUGGCAAGUCUACAAGAAAGUGUAAAGUAGUGAACAAUAAAAUGGAAUGGAGUGAUGAAGUUCCCGUGUGUGAGAUUAUUCCAUGUUUGCCACCACCAAAAAUUCCCCAUGGCAAGCACACUGGAGAGUAUUUGGAUAAUUUCUACUAUGCAACACUUGUAAUCUAUAGCUGUGACAAAGGCUACCCUCUUAUUGGAAAUUCUUCUAUUAUCUGUAUAUCUAAGGAUGGAGUAAACGGAGAAUGGAGUGGACGUGCAUCUUGUGGAGUGACAGAGUGUCCAUCUCCUCAGAUUAAGAAUGGAAGGAUUGUGUCUGGAGUUUCCAGCACCUACAAAUAUAACCAGAAAGUUAGCUUUGAAUGCAUUGGGGGCUAUGAGAUGGUUGGUUCCAGAGAGAUUCAUUGCCAAGUGGAUGGUACAUGGGAUCCCCCCAAACCUGUCUGUGAACAGAUGGUUCAAUGCCCACCACCCCCAGACAUUCAAAAUGGGAUGCACAACAACCAGAAAACAGGAAUAUUUCCUAGUGGAAUAUUUGUGAAAUACACAUGCAAUCCUGGUUAUGCUCUGAUUGGAGAGGAAACUCUUAAUUGCACAAAUGCUGGCAAAUGGUCGUCUCCUGCCCCUAACUGUGAAGUGGUGAUAUGCCAGCCACCCCCAGACAUUCAAAAUGGAAUCCGCAGUAACCAGGAAACAGCAGUAUUCCCUAGUGGAAUGCUUGUGAAAUAUACAUGCAAUCCUGGCUAUGCUCUGAUUGGAGAGGCAACUAUUAAAUGUAUAGAUGAUGGCAUGUGGUCUUCUCCUGCCCCUAACUGUGAAGGAGGCAACUGUGGCAUCCCCAUCAGGUUAGACUUUGCAGAGCUCACUGAUGAGUAUCAGAAAAUGAAUUCCUUUCCUGUUGGGUCAUUGGUACAAUACAAAUGCAAAUCAGGUUAUGUUAAGCUCCCUGGAAUGAAUGCCUCUUCUAUAUGUAUCAGGAAUCAGGUUUGGUCAGAAGUUCAAGAAUUUUGUAAAAAAAAAUCAUGUGGCCACCCAGGAGAACCAGAAAAUGGUAGACUGAUUGUAUCAGAAGAUUUUCUGUUUGGUUCUACAUUAAAUUAUACUUGUGAGGAAGGGUACAAACUGAUUGGAGACUCUUCCAUAAAAUGUGCCUUAAAUGGAAAAAGCGUAAAAUGGAGUGGCAAGCUUCCUGAAUGUCAGCCUAUCUUGUGUCCAUCGCCACCAAAUAUUCCCCACGGCAAGCACACUGGAAAACUUUUGCAAGACUUCUUCUAUGGGACAACUGUAACAUAUAUGUGUGACAAAGGCUACCCCCUUUUUGGAAAUGCCUCUAUUUCCUGUACAUCUAAGGAUGGGAUAAAGGGAGAAUGGAGUGGCCGUGCGUAUUGUGGAGUGACAGAGUGUCCAUCUCCUCAGAUUAAGAAUGGAAGGAUUGUGUCUGGAGUUUCCAGCACCUACAAAUAUAACAAGAAAGUUAGCUUUGAAUGCAUUGGGGGCCAUGAGAUGGUUGGUUCCAGAGAGAUUCAUUGCCAAGUGGAUGGUACAUGGGAUCCCCCCAUACCUGUCUGUGAACAGGUGGUUCAAUGCCCACCACCUCCAGACAUUCAAAAUGGGACUCACAACAACCAGAAAACAGGAAUAUUUCCUAGUGGAAUAUUUGUGAAAUACACAUGCAAUCCUGGCUAUGCUCUGAUUGGAGAGGCAACUCUUCAUUGCACAAAUGCUGGCAGAUGGUCGUCUCCUGCCCCUAACUGUGAAGGAAAAUCAUGUGGACAUCCAGGAGAACCAGAGGGUGGCAAAUUGCUUGUAACAGGAGAUUUUCGCCUUGGUUCCACUGUAAAUUAUCAGUGUGAGGAAGGGUAUAGGUUGAUUGGCAAGUCUUCCAGAAGCUGUGCAUUGUUUGGUAAAACAGUAGCAUGGACAGAUGACCUUCCUUACUGCCAGAUGACACAGUGUCCAUAUCCUCAGAUUAAGAAUGGAAGGAUUGCUGCUGGAAUUUCCAGAACUUACAAAUAUAACCAGAAGGUUAGCUUUGAGUGCACUGUGGGCUACAAGAUGGUUGGUUCCAGAGAGAUCUAUUGCCAAGGGGAUGGUACAUGGGAUCCCCCUAUACCUGUCUGUGAACAAGGCUGUGUGAAUCCAGACAUUCAGAAUGGAAGAAUUAUUAGGCCCAAAGCAAAUGAUCAAUCUGUAUCAACAAUUACAUUUGAAUGUGACUCUGGCUACACCAUGAAAGGCAAUCAUACAAUUCGGUGUCAACAUGGCAACACAUGGGAUUCGCCAGCACCUGUCUGUGUCAGGGUAGUGCAAUGCCAGCAACCCCCAAACAUUCAAAAUGGGAUUCACAACAACCAGGAAACAUUAUUUCCCAUUGGAAUGCUUGUGAAAUACACAUGUAAUCCUGGCUACGCUCUGAUUGGGGAGGCAACUAUUCAGUGUACGGAUAGUGGCACAUGGUCUUCUCUUGCCCCUAACUGUGAAGAGAUUGAAUGCAAGUCACCUCCAGAUAUCCAGAAUGGGGUUCAUAGCAACCAGGAAGUAAUGAUAUUCAAAAGAGGAAUGUGUGUGAAAUAUACAUGCAACUUUGGCUAUACUCUAAUUGGAGAUGCUACUAUUCAUUGCACAGACUCUGGCACGUGGACCUUUCCUGCCCCUCAUUGCAAAAAAUCACAGUGUCCCUUCCCUCCAAGCAUAGCCAAUGGAAAACAUGAUAGUUUAGCUUUGAAAAUGUUUACUUCUGAAAUGUCUGUAACCUAUUAUUGUGAUCCGGGAUAUUUGCUUAUUGGAAAGGCAUCUAUUACCUGUGGACCUUCUGGAAACUGGAGCCUUCCUGUGCCAUCCUGUGAAGUUAUGCAUUGUCCCGUACCCCCAAAAAUCAUCCAUGGGAAGCAUGUUGGUGAAGACUUCACAUAUGGGAAAUCAGUAAUCUAUAUUUGUGAUGCUGGCUAUUCCCACAUUGGAAACUACAGUGUUACGUGUAUUCGGAACAGCUCAAACUCUGUAAAAUGGAGUGAAGCCCCCAGAUGCCAAGGUUGCCUUGCACCACCAAAUGUCACCCAUAGCAAACGAGACAAGACUACUUUGGAAGAUUUCCCCUAUGGCACCUCUGUGACUUAUCAUUGUGAUCCAGGUUUUUUUCUUAUUGGAGCACCAACCAUUUACUGCCAGACUUCUGGAACAUGGAAUCAACCUAUCCCUCAGUGUAAAAGAAAAGAAUAUACGGAGGCUACUAAACUCCCAAGUGACUCUCAGGUGACCAAGGAUCGGAACAAUCAAAUAGAAAAAAAAACUGAAUCAUUCAUAAAAAACACAAUACAUUCAAAAAUCAACAAAACAAGUACCAGGGACUUAGCAACUACCUUCACCCCAGGCCUUGGAGGAGAGCCAGAUAUUCAAAGACUUCCGGAACAAUUCAAUGGUGGGAACCAAACAGACCAAUUGAAUGGUGGGAACCGAACAGAUGCUUUUCCAGAGUUUAGAAAUUGCAGUGGAGAAGUAGAUGGCUGCCCGCUCCCACCACUUUCUGAUAGCACCAAAGCAGAAAGAAAAGAUGUGAUUCAGACUAGAGUUAAUGUGACUCUGGAGUGUGAAAAUGGGUAUGUCAGGAAUGAUUCUUCUCCUAUUCAAGCGCAGCAGAUAGGACGGGAUGCCCCUGUGCCAGCAUGUACACAGAGUAAGCAAAGCUCCUACAAUUUUGCUACCAUAGGUUUUGGUUCUGUGGGAAGUAUCCUAUUGCUUUUCCUCAUUUUUGGUGGUGCGAUGUGGAUUGUCCUUUUGCAAAAGAAAAAACGCAAUUGUACCUGUGAAGCCCAAAGAAAGUAUUGUGUUGCUAGUUAUGAAGAUUCUCCACUGUAAAAAGAAAACUUUGUCUUCAUAGCUACAGGACAAGAUAUUCUUAAUUGGCAAUUUCUUCUGAGCAAGCUAACAACAAAUAUCAUGCUGACAUUGAUGGUUAUGUUAUGAGAAGCAAUGAAUGUAUAAUAUACUCCUGGAAAAAAUAUGAAGCAGAGUCAUUGAUAUAACAUAGCUGAUAUGAUUUUGAUAUAAAAAUCAAGAACCAUACAUGACCAUUUAUUGUUGACAUAUAUUAUUCUUUUUAUUGCAUUCUUUUACUUUGUUAUAGCACUUUGUUUUUUCUUCUUUGAUAAUGUAUUAUGAUCACUUUUGUUUUGUUACAAAACAUACAUGCAUAAAUGUUUUAUUAAUCUGGCCUUUGGCCUUUGGUGAGGCAGCCCUCUGAGACCUGCCCACUUCAUUAUGCUUGCCAUCUUUUAUUUAUGUUGUAUUUUUUUUUUGUAUGAUGUCUUUUGAUUGUUGUAAGCUGCCCAGAGUUGUUGAGAGCCUGGCAGUAUACUAAUGUAAUCAUCCAUUCAUAUUCCAUAUUCAUUAAGCAGGAAAUACUUCAAGUGCAUUGAGCAAACUAUGGUACUAGGAUAUACAAUAAAUAGUAAUAAUCAAUUUUUCUUACAAUUCUAAAUUCAACCCGAAAAUAAAUUUGUAAAUAAAAAAUAAACGAAUCUUUUAUGUACUUCCUUUUUUGGUGGGGGGAGAGGACUUUUGGAGAAAAAGGACGGCGGAGAUUAAAUUAAGAGUAUGGGCACAACUUUGAAACUACGUCAAGGCAGAACCUUCGGGUAAAGCGCUGCUGGAAAUCAUUCCGCCAGGGCUUCUUCAUGCCAUUCAGCCCAUUGGAACAGCAAAAAAACCUGGUAGGAACUUCCGAGAUUCCUACAUUGAAUUGUUAAUCUCUCCUAUCAAGUUUGCUGAUUUAAAAAAAGCAAUUGGUGUCAUUCCAGCUUGACGGUCUCCAAACGGCAGCAA